AGCGAUCAAGGAUUCCAAGAAUCUGUAACUGUCAAGACGCAUGAUGGCAGCAGAUCAGAUAUUGGAGCAGGUUCUGUGGACUACAAUAUAGAUAACGUCAGUACAAUAGAAGCUAUGGAAGGAACAUCAGUUAACAUAUCAUGGACUGCUGAUUUUUUUCCGAAAGGUGGAUUUUAUUACAUAUUACAUCGAAAUAUCGGAUCGCCAUCUAUUAUAAUAACAUUAAAAAAGGAAAAAGUAGUAAUGUCUGCAAAAUAUGAAUACCAAACCCGACCCUUUGAUUCUGUAAACAUUUCCUUCAAGGUGAGAAAUAUUACUGUUGAUGAUGCUGGAUAUUACUUUGGAAGUCUUUCAGGAAAAGAAUCUUUGUCUAGAAAAGGAGGAGUUGUUCUCAUAGUUUUCGGGAAACCAGUUAAACCUAACAUAAAAGGAAACCUUGAAGUUAAAGUUGGAAACAACGCUUACCUUAAAUGUGAAAGUAGAUCUACAUCUGCCCCUCGAUUUUACAAGAAGUUUCCGCCAUUAUCGUAUUCAUGGUUUGUCAACGACAUCGGGCAAGACAGAAAGGAUGGAGAGACCUACAGCUUUACUGUCACCAAAGAUGUUAAAUACAACAAAUACAGCUGUCAGGCGAAAGAAUAUCUUGACUCAGAGAAAAGUGAUGAAGUUCAGAUAAACCCUAUGUAUGGUCCAGAAAAAGUGAUGAUAACCCCACAACCUCUUAAUGACACAAUUACAAUCAAAGAUGGCGAUCCAAUAGGUCCGUACAACUGCUCAGCGGACUGUUAUCCGUCUUGUACCGUACAGUGGAAAUAUAAACGUGCGAAAGGAGGUUUUGAAAAUAUUACAACCUAUGGGGUUUCUCCAUUAUCUUUACCAAAUCUAAACGCAGACAGAACUAUGAUGACCCUUAUUCGAUGCGUAGCCAACAACAGUGAAGGGCAUGGGAAGAAUGGUAUCAAGUUAAAAAUUCAAUAUCUCAUGGACCCUAAGGUGUACAUCAAUAGAAAACUUCAAAAUUCCUUUACGAUGGAUGAAGGUAGUCUUCUAAAUCUUACAUGUCUCGUCAUGGGAGAUCCCACUCCAGAAGUAACCCUUACGAAACUCACUGGCAACCAGAUUCUGUGGCAAAAACAAUUAAACUACACCUUACAAAGAGAUGCACAAUGUUCUGACACAUUCAAUUACAGCUGUGAGGCAAACUCAACCGAGUUUGGAAGCAGGAAUCAAUCAUUCUCUAUCAACGUUCACUGUAAGCCUCGCCUUGAUAACUCCAACUUAUUUAAAAGGAUCUUUGGGUCAAUGAGUGGUCCGGACGUGAACGUUCAUGUUAGUUUGCCUGUUAUUGCAAAUCCCUUAACAUCUUCAUCAAGGUUUGCUUGGUCAGGACCUACACAACAGAUUAUAUCGAUUAAAGUUUCACAAAGAGAUAACGUUGUCUACAAACAUUGGAUCAACAGCACUAUUCCUAUUCGGAGUCAAGGAUCCUUUGGAAACUACUCACUGAAAUAUGAAGGAAAAGUCAUCGCUAAUAUUACGAUUAACGCCGAAGAUAAACCUCUGCCCCCAUUGAACUUUACCUGUUAUUCCUACGCUGUUGGAUUCGUCAACCUUACGUGGAUAUCGAACUUUAAUGGAGGACCGGAACAAUUCUUUAUCUUAUAUCAAAAAGAAGGAUCAAGCUGGAUACAAGAUGCGAAUCUAACAGACCCUGGUGAAGGUAACAUAGGGCAUUAUGACCCAGGACCUUUGACUCCUGGACAGCAGUACUGGUACCAACUGGAGAGUUGUAAUAGAAUCAACUGUUCUUUGAGUCCGAGAGAAGUUAAAGUCAAAGUUAAAGCUCCGCCGAUCUCGUCCUCCGCUCUGUUUGGAGACAAUACAAUGUUGGUUUUGGUUGGAGCUUCUGCGGUUGGUUUUCUCCUUGUUGUGAUUUUGACUGGAGCGGUAACGAUGUAUUGUAAAAAGACUAAAAAGUCAGCUCCAAAGAAAAGAAACAGGGAGGAAGGACUCAGUGAAUCCACAGUUCAGGAUGAUACACCAGCGGAUGUUGUUGUGUACGCUGCUGUUGACAAGAGUGUUCUGCUGAAGAACAGGCAACAGGAUGACGUAAUGAAGAAUGACGUCACCAAGGAUCAAAAUGAUGACAACGACACAAUGUACUCAGAAGUGAUAAAACAUCCUAAGAAACAACAAACGGAUGAAAAGAAAGAAAAGAAGAAGCAUGAAGAAAAGGGGUUGCAAGAAAAGAAUGAAGAAGCUGGAGCAUCUACCAGUAACGACAACUCACGUUCAACGAAUCAAGAUGGUUUAGUUUAUAUCGAUGUUGAAUUUGCGAGAAAACCCCAAAGUUCAGAUACAAAGGGGAGACCAGUCAUACACGGAGAAGAAGAGAAGACAGAGUACACUUUCGUGGAUUUCACCCAGAAAGCGCCACCUGUACAGGAAACGCGGAAAAAUGUCAAGUGAUCGUUUGUAGUGAGAUGAUAAAUCAAGAAUCAAUUCACAGAUGUGUACAUCUGGAUUUAUUGACGACAGAUUAAACUUUUUUACAUUCAUUGUUUUUUAAAGUCUUGCAUUUCUUUGUCUGCUUGUAUUUAGAAUUGUGAAUUAGAUCAUCUAUUUUCAUCAUGGAUACCGAAAGAUAAUUGCAUAUAGACUGCAUAUAAUAUAAUUGCAUAUAAAUCUCCAUUAAAAAAAAUCUUUUUUUUUUAAUUAUGUGUCUAAAAGGAAGAAAGAUAAACAAAAUUUUCAUUUCAUUUUCAAAAACUGCAUUCUUCUAUACUUUACGCAUUUCUUCGCCCAUCGCUAGAAGUCCUGAAAGAUUAGAUCAUUUUACUUGAAUUGGGUAUGCAUGUGUUCAAGUAUAAGUAUUCAUCCACGUCUUUAUAUGAAUUAUACUAAAAGGAACCAUUGCUCAAAAUAAUUUGGACAACUUCUAAUUUACAUUCACCAGGAACGAAACAGGUGUAUGCGUGUGUUGUUUCAUAAUUU